ACAGCAGGACAAAGCGGUCUUCAAGUUGCGAGGGUAGGACGGUAACUUGCACGGUUGGUUGGAAAGGUGUGAAAUACAUAAGCUAUUCUUUUGCCACCGAGAACUGUCAGUUGGAAGGCUUGGGUGUCUCCGGCUGUCCUAAGUCCUUAUCUGAUCGUAGCUAGCGACAACUAUAGCUAGCUACUAUAGCAGAUGGUAGUUCCCAUCUACCGCUUUUAAGUUACAAAUAUGGUUGUUUUUUAACCAUAUUUAAAAUAUUUCAAACCACCUCACCCCGCAGUCAGCACCAUGGACAGAGAGUGUCUAGCAUUGCUGCCCCGUGUGUGUGAGGUCCUCGCGGACCCCAAGCAGUCUUUACCGGACGACACAAGCCUGGAGAAACUCCUAGACUGGCUUUCUGGACUGACUAAAGAUGUUGGAGACUGUUCUCUUUCCCGGCUGGAGAUCCAACCCUGUCUGACUGAGUUCCUAUCCACCGUCUUCCACAACAAAACUACAGGUUCCAGCAUCCUCUCCUUCGCUCUCAGGCUCACUGGCCUGCUAGCGGCGAGGGAAGAUGUCUUCAGGCUCCUGCAGGAGGGCUCCAUUCUGAGCGUGGCCUACAACAGUGAAGGCUGGCAGGAGGCAGGGUUAUGGGAGGAUCCCUGCGUGCGGAUUGGCUGGAUCCAGGGUUUGAGGAGCAUGCUGCAGCAUCGAUUGGCUCUCCACUUCCUGGUUCAGAGAGGACUCACCAAGCCCCUCCUCCAGCUCCAGACAGACCCCAGCCUAUUCGUGGCUUCAGCUGCCAAUCAACUCCUCGCCCACCUGGUGGUCUUUUUCCAGCCAAUGGGGUCGUCCGUAGAACAGGGUGAAGCGGUACAAGCAGAUGCUUCCACGGAUAACAGCCCGGAACACCUCGCUGUGGCCAUGGCGACCGGCCCCGAACACCUCAAUGUGGCCAUGGCGACCAACGCGGAGCACGCCUGCGUCACGGUAGCCAUCAUAGACCAUCUGCAGGAGUCUCUGACCUCCGACCAGCACCUCCAGACCCUCCAGAGCCUGAGGCUGCUGGGCCUACUCCUAUCCCAGGCCAGGGCUCCUCUCUGGGGAACCUUGCUCAGGCGAGUCCCAGGCUUCCUGGAGCCGCUGGUCAGAGCAGGCCGCAGCCAGCUCAUGCUGCAGCUCACAGACGUCCUGCUGACGGCGUACAGGCUCCCUGUACCUGACCCGACCAUCUGCAGACUGCUGACCGCCAUCUUGGAUUCCCAGAAUUCUUCUGACGCCGUCCACGCUGCCGCCACCAUGCUGCGGAGGAACCACCGUGACUCAGUGCACACGCUCAAGGCCAUCUCCAUACUCAUGUUGCCCCUGGAGACCCUUACUGGAGUGCCUCUCCUGGAGUCACACACUGCAGGCAGCAGCAUGAAGGAGCAGCGCUCCCUGCUGGCUGAGCAGCUGAACAGCAAGUCCACCUGUGUGUCCCUCCUGUCUGUCUGCCUGUCCUGCACACAGACUCUAACACACACGGUCCCUGACUACUUGCCCACUCCUGCAGUCUCUGUCGUCAUCUCUGUGAUGUCACUACUCAGGAUAUGUGGAGGCCAUGCCCCCUCUCCAAUCGGCUCUGGCAAAGCUUCCUGCUCUGAGCCGAUUGGCCGCAACAAGGCAUGUGGUAACCUGAUUGGCUGCAGUAAGAUUCAGAGGUGUGGCAUGGAUGCUCUUGCAAACCUCAGCAGCUGUCCAGGAGCUGCAGUGGAGGAGGUGCUCUCUCUCCUGAUCCUGUACCUGCAGAACCCAGACUCACACCCCACUGUGUGUAAGAAGACCUACCAGGCUUUGUUAAGGUGGCUUGGUGUUUGUGCCUACAGCCCGUCUGUCACACACCUGCUCACAGAAGAACUCCUCCCGGUACUGAGGAAGCGUGUGUGUGACGUUCAUUGGGAGGUGCGUGACUCCACCCUGGAGUUCCUCAGCCAGCUGGCUGACGUGUGUGAGGGCUCGCUGGGCCGCAGUACCACCCCGCUCCUCACCCAGGCGCUAGCCGACCCUGAGAGCUACGUGCGAGCUACCGCCAUCGCUGGCCUGGCAGGGACACUACGGCUCAGUCUCCAACAGGGGGCGGAGCCUGCCGUGCUGGAGCAGGUUGCCGUAGUACCCAGACUUCUGGAGAUCCUCUCCCAGGAUUCCGAGGCCUUUCCUAGACGAGCCGUUGUCCAGUUCUUCAUCACCUGGCUCAAGACAUGCCCCUCAUCGUCCUCAUCAUCAUCUUCCUGGUCCCUGGCCACGCCCCUGCAAGCCGUCCUACAGCUAGGCAGUGCUGACCUGGACUGGGAGGUCAAAGUUCACACCCUGGAGCUGGCUGAGCUGCUGAUGGAGGAAGCACUUCCGGGUCAGAGGUCACUGCCGGGGUCAAACACACACCCUUACGCCAUGAUGCCAACCCUUCCAGCACUGACCCCACACACUCCCGCCAACACACCCCUGGGGUCUCAGUAUGGUGGCUGUGAGGGGACAGACCUAGCGCUCGCGCUGUGCGGUCUGGUUCAGACAGGAGUGGUGCGUGUGCUCCUGGACGGGGUGUUUGACUGCGACAGGCCGGUGGUGCAGGAGGCAUGCCGUGUGCUUCUGGCGCUGCGACGCACACUCUUCCCCAACGGCGUCACGGCGACCGGCGAGGUUGCCAAGGUGACGUGUGACGUUAGGGGGCAGGCUUGGGAGCGGGACGUAGUUAAGAAGUGCCUGGAGGUGAGACGGGGCAGGAAGGGUUGCGAUUGGCCGAGACAGACAGGGGACUCUGAUAGGCUGGAUGAGGCUGGCUCAGAGGCCGGUGAUAGGUCAGGAGAGGAGGUUGUGUGUGGUGAAGAAAAUGUGGGUGUGUGUGAGGACGUGAGUGUGUGUGAGGUGCUGUGUUCGCUGGCUCUGGAGGAGAGGCAGAGCAUUGUGAGCCAGAGCAGUGAUUAUGUUCAGAACUCUCCCCUGUCUCUGCUGCAAGACAUACUGACGGCUACAAUGCCCACUGAAGACGUCAUUGUGGACUGUUACUGACACAUGCUCAACUACUGUACAUCAACAUUCACACAAGUAAUAUCCCUGCUGUUUUGCUAAGCAUUGGUCUAUUUUUUUACAAUUGUUUCAAUGUAAUAACAAAAUUAAAUAAAA